AACAGUUGCUAAUUAUCAACCAUAAAGACAGGACGUAUUCUCGACGAAAAGAUGAAACUCCAACUGUUGCCCUUUCUGGGUCUGCUCAGUGCACUAAGUUACACAAGUGCAGCCCAAAAUUUAAUUUGUUACUAUGACUCGGCCUCGUAUUUGCGCCAAGGUCUGGCCAAAAUGUUCAAGAGUGACCUCGAACUGGCCCUGGAAUUCUGUACUCACUUGGUCUACGGAUACGCUGGCAUGAAAGCCGGAACCUACGAGUUGUUCAGUCUAAACGUGGACUUGGAUAUGUUCCAUUACAAGGAAAUCACAUCCCUGCAUCAGAAGUUUCCCCAUCUCAAGAUCCUGCUGAGCGUUGGAGGAGAUCACGAUGUCGACGAUGCCCAUCCUAAUAAGUAUAUUGAGUUUCUGGAAGCAAAUCGCACGGUCCAGCAGAACUUCAUAGACAGUAGUAUGAUUCUACUGAAACGUAAUGGUUUCGACGGUCUCGACUUGGCCUUCCAGUUUCCGAAAAACAAGCCGAGGAAAGUUCAUGGCUCCAUUGGCAGUGUCUGGAAAAAGUUCAAGAAGCUGUUCACGGGCGACUAUAUAGUGGAUCCUCAAGCGGAGCAGCACAAGACACAGUUCACGGAUCUGGUGGGAAAUCUGAAGAACGCCUUCCGGACAGCCAAUCUCAUGUUGACCCUGACUGUGUUGCCCAAUGUUAACUCCACAUGGUACUUCAAUGUCAACAAACUACAUCCCCAAGUCGACUACAUCAACCUGGCUGCCUUUGAUUUUAACACUCCUCUGAGAAAUCCCGAGGAAGCCGACUAUACGGCUCCGAUUUUCUUCCUAGACGAACAAAACCGCCUGCCCCAUUUAAAUGUGGAAUUCCAGAUCAAUUACUGGCUUCAGAACCACUGUCCUGCCAACAAAUUAAAUCUGGGCAUUGCCAGUUAUGGCCGAGGCUGGAAAUUGACCACCGAUUCGGGACUUAGUGGCCUGCCAGUGGUUCCUGGAACCUAUGGCCCAGCUCCCGGAGGACUACAGAUCGCAAGUGUGGAGGGUUUGUUCAGUUGGCCGGAGAUUUGUGCGAAACUGGCCAAGAACUCGUCGGCUGUAUAUCGUGGUGAAAAUGCCCCACUUAGGAAAGUGACAGAUCUCACCCAGAAGUAUGGAAACUAUGCCCUCCGUCCGGCUAACGAGGAGGGAGAGCACGGCAUGUGGCUGAGCUUCGAUGAUCCGGACUUUGCUGGAAUCAAGGCGGCAUAUGCCAAGGGUAAGGGCCUGGGCGGAAUGGCUAUUUUCGAUGUGACUUACGAUGAUUUCCGGGGCCUGUGUACCGGUCAGAAGUUUCCAACUAUACGAUCUAUUAAAUAUUUUAUGGGUUAAAUAAAUAAAAGAGUUUUUUUAGGUGUUCUCUAGAAGUAUAAAAUUUAUUUUUGUCCUACAAUAUAGUCUCCUUUGAUGAAUACUAA